CUUGGAUUCCUUUUUAGACAUCACCUCUCUCUACUUCUCUUUCUCAUCAUUAUACCCUACUCACUCUUAUCCCUCUCAUUUCCCCCUCUCAUUUCCCCUUCUCUUUCGUCUAUCUUGAACAGCCUCGUUCGUGAUAGAUUCUCUAGAUAUUACUUGCGCGCAUAAAACAUUCUUCGAGAUACUGAUUGCGCAACCGUUCUCAUCGCCUCGGCGACAGUCCAACAAUGGCAUCUCGUAAUACUCGCAGGAUACUGCGACCUCUCCUCUACGGUACUGCCGCAGUCACAACCGUGGGUGCAGGUGCCCUCUAUUUCUCGAUCCGUCCCCGUAACAUUCCUGGUCUCGAAGCGCCGGCUGUUCCACCACCCGGUUAUCAUGAAGGCAAACUUGUGCCUCCCAGCUUUCCUAAAAUCAAAUCGCGCCUUGAGCAAAUCGAGGAUCUCAAACGCAGUUCUUCAGGUGACGAUGCGGAUGUGUAUGACCUUCUCGUGAUUGGCGGAGGCGCUACAGGGUCAGGAAUUGCACUCGAUGCGGCGACACGUGGAUUAAAGGUAGCAGUGGUCGAAAGAGACGACUUCAGUGCUGGGACAAGUAGCAAGAGUACCAAACUUGUUCAUGGCGGCGUGCGUUACCUGGAAAAGGCUGUUUGGGAGUUGGACUACAAUCAGUAUAAACUGGUGAAAGAAGCUCUAAGGGAGCGAAAGUACUUUUUGAACACCGCCCCUCAUCUUUCCAGCUGGCUCCCGAUCAUGGUACCAGUCCAAAAGUGGUGGCAGAUUCCCUACUUCUGGGCCGGUACGAAAUGCUAUGAUUGGCUAGCUGGCUCUGAAGGAAUUGAGAGCUCCUACUUCUUGCCAAAGAGUAAAGCCAUUGAGGCAUUCCCCAUGCUCCGAAAGGAUAACGUUCUCGGUGCUAUGGUUUACUACGAUGGUGCUCACAACGACUCUCGAAUGAAUGUUUCGCUCGCAAUGACGGCUGCGCUAUAUGGUAGCACUGUUGUCAACCAUAUGGAAGUCACAGGCCUCACCAAGGAUGCGUCGGGAAGAUUGAACGGCGCUCGGCUUAGGGACUGCAUUCCCGAACGGGACGGCCAAGGAGCAGAGGAGAUCUCCAUUAGGGCGAAGGGUAUCAUCAACGCUACCGGUCCAUUCACUGAUUCCAUCAGGAAGAUGGACGAUCCCAAUACUAAGGAGAUUGUCGCACCUAGCUCUGGUGUCCACGUUAUUCUGCCUGGUUACUACAGUCCUUCAAACAUGGGCCUCAUCGAUCCGUCCACGUCUGACGGCCGUGUUAUUUUCUUCCUUCCCUGGCAAGGAAACACGAUAGCUGGUACUACAGAUGCCCCCACAGAGAUCACGCGCCAACCUCAGCCGUCUGAGAAGGAUAUCGACUGGAUCCUCAAGGAAAUCAGAGGUUAUCUGGCGCCCGACAUCAACGUUGGCCGAUCCGAUGUUCUUGCUGCCUGGGCCGGAAUUAGACCUCUGGUGCGCGACCCUAAGGUGAAGAGUUCUGAAGCUCUUGUCCGCAACCACCUCAUCACUGUUUCUUCCUCGGGGCUGUUGACUUGCGCUGGAGGAAAGUGGACGACUUACCGCCAGAUGGCUGAAGAAGCAGUUGAUGAGGCCAUCAAAGAAUUCAAUCUCAAGCCCUGUGAAUUGCACGAUGUCCCCGAUAUCAGUGGCGUUGGCGGACGCGGUUUGGUUGCCGACAAUGCUUCGCUCGAUGGCUCAUGCCAAACUCACCAGGUUCGCCUGAUCGGAGCUCAUGGCUGGUCCAAGACUCUGUUCAUCAAUCUCAUUCAACAUUACGGCCUUGAGACAGACGUGGCUCGGCACUUAACCACGUCGUACGGAGACCGAGCAUGGCAAGUGGCAGCACUGUCUUCUCCCACACAGACACGCUUCCCUGUCCGCGGACAGCGCAUUUCAGCCCUCUACCCUUUCAUUGAUGGCGAGGUCCGCUUUGCCGUUCGCCACGAAUACGCACAGACUGCAGUCGAUGUCAUCGCCCGAAGAACCCGCUUGGCAUUCCUUAACGCCCAAGCUGCCCUCGAAGCACUCCCUACAGUGAUCGACUUGAUGGGCGAGGAACUUCAUUGGGAUAAGAACAGGAAAGAAGUCGAGUGGAAGGACAGUGUGCAAUUUUUGGCUUCAAUGGGAUUGGCCCCAGACCUCCUCAACGUGACUAGGGAUCAAGUAGAGAAUGGUAAAGUUCAACAGCUGCUUGCUAGUGAGAGAGGCGCAUUCACGCGAACUGAGCCCCCUGCAGACGUACUCGCAAAAACACAUAAUCCAGUAAUGGGUAGCGAGGCCGGUGCUAACAAAUAGACGUUAACGACAUCCAAACCAUCUUUGUUAUUAUAGACAAUAA